AUUGAAUAUUCUAUGACAAAAUACCUGCUCGAGUAGAAAAUUUCCGCUGACGUAUAUUUAAAGUUGUUUAUGUAUAGAAAUAAACAAAAAAAAAAAAAAGCUGAAGUAACAAACAAAUUAAUUUUAUUUUAUAUUUUUAAAAAUUUUAUGUUCAAAAAUAACAUAAUUUUAUAAAAGUGGAGUGCGUCAAGAACAACAAAUGAACAGGAACAGUUGGUAUUUGCUGUGUCGUCAAACAAAACAAUGAAAUGUUUAUGAACCCCUUUUCUCAGUGACAAAGUGACAACAAAUGCCAAAAUGAAGCUUCACUUUUUUCUUUUAUUUAAUGUCUGCGUAAUAUUAUUUUGUGAAACCUACCUGGACUUCAUUGUGCAGCAAAAAUGUGAAUGGCCCAGUGUGAAGGAUAAUAAAAAUGUGUUGCAUGCGAUGAUAUUAGCUGACACCCAUUUGUUGGGUCCUAUACGUGGCCAUUGGCUAGAUAAAUUGUACCGUGAAUGGCAUAUGCGGCGUUCUUUUCAGUCAUCUAUUUCGCUGUUUAAUCCAGAUAUUAUUUUUGUGCUUGGAGAUUUAUUUGAUGAAGGGGAUUUAGUUGAUAUGCAAGAAUUCGAUUCAUACGUGCAACGUUUCCAAAAAUAUUUUAAUAUAUCACACAACAUACCGCUUAUUACUGUAGCAGGAAAUCAUGAUGUUGGCUUUCAUUAUAGAUUGAAUGAGUUCUUCAUUAACCGUUUUGAAAAACACUUCAAUAAUACGGGUGUGGAAUUGUACACAUUGAAAGAUGUACAUUUUGUAUUAAUUAAUUCCAUGGCCAUGGAGAAUGAUGGUUGCAGAUACUGUACAACAGCUCAACAAAAAUUAAAUAAAAUCUCAGACCAACUCGAAUGUUUAAAAAAACCCUCGACAUGUACGGACGUAAACACACUGCAGGCACACAAAAAAUAUAGUAGGCCUAUAUUAAUGCAGCACUUUCCCACUUAUAGAAUUUCAGAUGCUGCCUGUAAAGAAUAUGAAGUGCAAAAAUUUGAAAGAUAUCGAGAAAAUUGGGAGGUAUUAUCGAAAAACUCAACCGUUUUACUUGGAAAAUUAUUACAACCAAGAUUGGCUUUUGCAGGACAUAGUCAUUAUUUUUGUCGUAGCAUAAACAGUCUUGGCAUUGAAGAAUAUACAGUCGCUUCAUUUAAUUGGAGAAAUAAUAUAAAUCCCAGCUUUUUACUGGCUUCCUUUACUACCGAUGACUAUAAAGUGGCAAAAUGCAAUAUGCUCAAGCAAAACAUUAUUUUUAGUGUAUUUGUAGUGCUUAUGAUAAUUUAUGUAGCAGUAUUACUAUAUAAAAUUAAGAAAUUUAUACAAACUUAUUUCAAAAAAAAGAGUUAAGUUUUUCAAAAUUUAGAUGAUUCUAUUUUUAAUUUACGACUUCCUUAAAUCUCAGAAUGAAGAAUGUAGAACAGUAAUAAAAUUAAAUUAUUACUUAAUUCGA